AUGCAGCACUGAUAGGUGGCACUGAUAGGUGACACUGAUGAUGGGUACUGAUAGACGGCACUGACUGGCAUCACUGCUGGGCACUGACUGGCACAACCCCUGGGCACUGACUGGUGGCACUGACUGGCAGCACUGCUGGGCUGCACUGGUGGAUGGCACUGGUGGGCAGCACUGGUGGGUGGGCACAGGUGGGUGGCACUGGUGGGCACAGGUGGGUGGGCACAGGUGGGUGGCACUGCUGGGCACAGGUAGGUGGCACUUCUGGGCACAUGUGGGUGCACUGCUGGGCACAGGUGGGUGCACUGCUGGGCACAGGU